UUAUGUUAGAUUUGGGGCACUCGAGGAUCCGUAGUGACGUCAGCUUGUAGAAAUUGUCAGAGUGGCAAGAUGGCUACGGAACCAAAUAAGACUGAGAUCCUGACCAUUUUCAAGAGAUUAAGAUCCGUACCGACGAACAAGGUAUGUUUUGACUGCGCAGCUAAAAACCCGAGCUGGGCGAGUAUUCCAUAUGGUGUGUUCUUAUGCAUUGACUGCUCUGGCAUCCACCGCUCCCUGGGAGUGCAUCUCAGCUUCAUCAGGUCCACCGAGUUAGACUCCAACUGGAACUGGUUUCAGCUCAGAUGUAUGCAGGUUGGAGGCAAUGCCAACGCGACGGCGUUCUUCCGCCAGCAUGGCUGCUCCACAAACGACACCAACGCCAAGUAUAAUAGUCGUGCAGCCCAGAUGUACAGGGAGAAGAUUCGGCAGCAGGCAAAUGCUGCGUUGUCCAAAUAUGGCACAGAUCUGUGGAUCGACUCUUCUGCAGGAAGCACUCCUGCAGCUCCCGAGAAGAAAGAGACAGACUUCUUUGCAGAACACACACAGCCUGCUAAUGAUUGGAGCGUGGCCCCGCCCUCCGAGCCAGAGCAGAAUGGAGCCGCCAUCACCCCACAGCUGUCAGACGUGACAGCCAAACCCCAGGAUGACAACCAGCCGGAGGAAGGACCCAGCAUCGACGGUCUGAGCACAUCACCCAGAGCCUCCAUCGACGCCUCCAUGCGUUUGUCAUCACAGGAAGAACAGACGCCCAAAGACGUGAAGCCUUCCAUCAUUGGAAAAAAGAAGCCCAUGGCUGCCAAAAAAGGGCUCGGUGCAAAGAAAGGUCUGGGUGCCCAGAAGGUGAGCAGUAAGAGUUUCUCAGAGGUGGAGAAACAGGCGCAGGUGGCCGAGAAGCUGAGAGAGGAGCAGGCUGCUGAGGCCAAGAAACAAGCCGAGGAGUCCAUCGUGGCGUCGAUGCGUUUGGCUUAUAAAGAGCUGGAGAUCGACAGGAAGAUGGAAGAAAAGAAGAUGCAGAAUCUGGAAGGCAAGAAGAGAGAGCAGGCCGAGAGACUGGGCAUGGGCUUCGGCAACAGGAGUGCUGUGUCCCACUCAGUGAUGUCAGAGAUGCAGGUGAUCGAGCAGGAGACUCCCGUGGGAGUCAAGUCCUCCUCUCGCUCCAAACUGGACCUGUUUGAUGAGCCGGGUUUCACCUCUGGACCCCCAAAAUAUAAGGACAACCCGUUUACAGUGGGAGACAGUUUUGGAUCCAGGUGGGACACCGAGGGAGGGACUGCCUCCUUUACCACCUCCUGGGCUCUGGAGAAAGAGGACCCCAAAGAGGAGGUCACCAUCUCUAGUAUUCAGCCAAUCGGAGAGAGACUUCCCAGCAGAAGAAAAGCCGACGUGUCAGCUCCGGUGUCGGAGUCGAGUGAGGCCAGGCAGAAGUUUGCUAACGCUAAGGCGAUCUCUUCGGACAUGUUCUUUGGUCGGGAGAGCAGCGCAGAGGUGAGCGACCUUUAACUUCAUCUCAGUUUACGUCAGUGUUUGUCACA